CCUGUAUAUCCACUUCACUAGCUAAUUACACGUUGACAUGAACACCAUAGAUAUCUAUAUAGAACCGCUAGAACGGAAGUUCAGAGACGAAAUUUUCAAGAUGUCUGCGCGCUAGUUUCUCUGGCGCAUAAGCAUCUGGUGCUGAAGACAGAGUAAGACGACGAUGAUUGAUAUCAAAGCGUGGGCAGAAUACGUGGUAGAGUGGGCAGCCAAAGACCCAUACGGCUUUCUCACCACGGUUAUCCUGGCUUUGACACCUCUAUUUAUCGCCAGUGCCCUUUUGUCCUGGAAACUCGCCAAGAUGAUAGAGGCCAAGGACCGUGAGCAGAAGAAGAAACAGAAGCGACAAGAGAACAUAGCAAAAGCCAAGAGAGCCAAGAAGGAUUGAGCUGGAUGCCAUGGGAUGGCGAGGAGUCAAAUUAAUAGUCCAAUCUCCUUAAAGAUGGCUCCUGUAUUGACUCCUCUCAUAACCCAGGACAGUUCCUAUGGGACCUGGAGAAAGACUGGGCAUAAAGGAGGCCUUACUAAGCUUUUAAGAGGUGGGGCUGGUUGAUUAUUCUCAAUGGCAGGACUGCAGUACUUUUUUUUUACCAGAAUAUUAUCAAUGCAAUGGAAAACACUCUUGUGCAGUACUUUGCAUUCCAUUUUUUUUUUUUUUUUUUUUUUUUUUUACUGGGUUUAUUGUUUUUUCUUUCUCAUUUCCAAGUAAUCCACAAAACACUUAAUUUUUUUUAUAAUAAAAUUGGAGAUUAAUUCUACGAAACACUUACAUUAAAGAUUCACACUCAA